AUGUUGGCGUUAAAACUGCUAGGCGUCGUUCUAACUUACUGUUUGCUUGUGGUUGAUUAUUCUUUGCCUUUGGAACCUGAAUUACCUCCGAAUAAAAUUCUCACGAAAAGGAUACAGGUUAUUGAACACUCAGUUCCUGUUUGUAUAUAUAUUGCAAGAUACAGAGAAAAGUAUCUGAAGCGACGAUUUGUCUACAGUUCUGGUCACCCAGGUUCGUACAAUCCUUCGAUUAUUACAAAUCAGGAAGCGCAUAUGAUCUAUGGAAAUAUGGAAGGAACUGGAAGCUCAAAAGAGCCAAAGGAGAGGCGAACGACAGCGAAGAAGAAGGCUAAAACCAUUUCAGAUUAUUUUUCAGCUGCGCCAGGUGGUAUGUAUACAUCUUAUUUUGACUAAAAACUGCUUGUAUUAAGUGGUACCCAAACAUAUAUAUUACCAUGGCAUACAGUCAAGUAUACGCAAUGCGUAUUCAUGACUGUAUGCAUGCGUUGCGGUUUCAUAAACCGGCUUUAUCGACACCUUGCUUCCAGCAUGUUAGUGUCAACAUCAUUUGUAAAAACGUGCCAAAUCCUAACAUUUCAGGAAAUGAAAGAACGAUUUACUACGAUCCUGCACAGGCCUGCGUCUCCCAGUCUGUCGCACAAAUAACUAGAACUCCAACUCGUACAAGUGAUGACUACCAAGCCGCGUCCAGUCCACAGGUUUCUCCAGAACGCCAUCGAGUGCCAACAGUUGUGAGCUCAACUUUGUCCAAAGUACAUGAGCCACAAGCGGUAAUACACGUCGACCCUUGCAAGAAAACAAAUAUAUCAUCCUAUAUGAACCCUCACCAACCAAAAAACUUUGAGUUUCCUAAAAGAAAAUUUUCUGGACAGAAUCGUUCUUUUCAGGCGGCAUGGUUUGAUAUAUUUUCUUGGCUGCACUAUGAUGAACAGCUUGACUCGGUCCUUUGUUUUUAUUGCGCUCAGCAAAACGCUCAGGGAAACUUAAGGUGUGCUAGUAAAAAAGAUCAAAAGUUUAUCUCGGAUGGGUUUUGUAACUGGAAAAAGUCCCUAGAUAAAUUCAAGCAACACGAAUCUUCAGAAUGUCACAAGAUGGCGAUUGAUUAUGCAGUUAAUUUCCCAAAGAACUGUGGCAAUGUUAUCGAUAUGACAAAUGAGCAGAGCAAGAAACUAAGGCAGACCAAUCGCCGCUGCUUAUUGAAAAUAAUUGAAAACUUGCAAGGACAAGCUAUACAAGGAGACACUGAUACUGAGUCGAACUUUUACCAAUUAAUGAAACUUCGGGGACGCGACGAUCCUGCGUUACUCGAGCUGCUUAAGAAACGAGGCGGUGAUAAAUAUACGAGCCAUGAUAUACAAAAUGAAAUUAUUGAAAUUAUGGCACACGAGGUUCAACGGGACCUCAUAAAGGAUAUUGGAACAGGAUUCUUUUCCAUAAUAGCUGACGAAUACACGGAUAUUGGUAAUAAGGAGCAACUGACUUUAUGUUUUCGGUGGGUUGACGAACAACUUGAUGGCCAUGAAGACUUUCUCGGAUUUUACAAUAUACCAAACAUCGCAUCUGAAACCAUUGUCCAGGCAAUCAAAGAUAGCCUCAUUCGACUGCAGUUGUCUUUGUCCCAGUGCAGGGGGCAGUGCUACGAUGGUGCCAGCAACAUGCUUGGUAAAAAAUCUGGUGUGGCAAAACAAAUUCAGGAGUGUGAAGCAAAGGCCCUUCCCACACAUUGUCACGGUCACUCCCUGAGCUUAGGUGUAAAGGAUGCAACAAAUAAUUGCCAGAUCUUAUCUAACACCAUGAAUAAUACGAAUGAGAUUGUUAAACUCGUAAAGUAUUCUCCCAAACGAGAAAAUUUACUUGGAGAGCUGAAGGAAAACCUUCAAUACGAGGACGAGGAAGAAGAAGACGCGGCGGCUGCUGGACUUACAAAAUUCAGUGCAACUAGGUGGACG